CGUCACCUACCAUUUGCAGUUGUGCUUUCGUGCGAUACAGUUCAGCCUGUUCGAUUCCAGCCAGUCGGUGCGCUCUCUCCUGCCUUUAAAAGCAAAGCGCGAUAUCACUCGUCUGUCCCCCCGGUGUGUUUGCUCUCUAGCAACAAGAAAAGCCCCCGCAUCUUCCAGUGUUGUGCGUGUUUGUUUGUGUGGCAUUGUGUGUAGCCGUGUUUGCUUUCGCCGGCUUUUGCCUUUGUGUUUGCAAAAAACAGUCAGCGGACGACUCAUCAGUCAACUUUCAACCCAACCGCGGUCGGUCAUCGCCCAGCAAAGGAAGGCCCCACUGACAGCUCGCUAACAUAAACGCUUGUUUUAAACCCUAAAACACACACACUAAAAGCAACAAUGGAAGCCGCCGGCCAGGAAAGCACCCCCGCUUCGUACCCGCGCGUCAAGCCCGACUUCAAGUCGGAGCUCGAGUCGUUCCGCACGGAGACGCUCGCCAAGGCGGACACGCAGGAGAAGAACUGUCUGCCGACCGCCGCCGACGUCCAGAGCGAGAAGGCCCAGCGCAGCGUGAUCGAGGGCAUUGAGGGCUUCGAUGCGUCCCGUCUGAAGCACGCCGAGACGAAGGAGAAGAACCCACUGCCGGACGUGGAGGCCAUCCAGGCCGAGAAGGGCGUGCAGCAGUUCAUUGCUGGCAUCGAGUCGUUCGAUACCAAGAGCCUGAAGCACGCUGACACGGUCGAGAAGAAUCUGCUGCCGACGGCCGAAACCAUCGAGGCGGAGAAGCGCGCCUAAGCCACCACUCGCGUAUAUGUAUAUAGUGUGUCGUGCUCGCAGCGUCCAGGGCCCGUGUGUGUGUGUGUGCUCUGUUCAGACAGACACACACAACGAUGGUGCUGAUGGGUUCAGGGGGUGUAUACAGGCAGGUGGGCACAGCUGCAUGACGAAAUGAGACUAAAAAAAAAGGAGGGUUGUGUGGAGCACGAGAACGAGAAAAAACAAGACCGACACUCGUCUGCCAGCCAGGAGGAAUGCGGCUAUGCGCAAAAGGAUAUGUGCGUCAGAACCGGAGGAGAGAAAAAAAAGUACCAUGACAACACACACACACAAACGCUGUGCCACAUCGUACCCGCCCAUCGUACUACAACACCAAAGGCAUUUGUGUUACAUCGAUCUCGUGCAGCGCCUCCUGUGCAUUUUUCGCGAUGCCGAUGAGUGGCGCGAGUUCUACUGCUUCCCCCCCCCACCCCCCAUGACACCAUGUCUCAUCAUCCCCGUCGCUGUGCUGUUGUCUAGCUGCCCAGUAUCUCCUUGUCCCUGUCGCUCAUGAUUUCUUCAUCCAUUCCUACUACUACUACUUCCGGCGCGAGGGGACGGCCGCGCGACGACCAUCAUCUACCAGACCUAACAACGCACGGAGAGAGGACAUCAGUAUUCGGAUUGCGCGCGCGCGCUUCCUCAACACGUGACCGUGCGGCGAGGGAGCUGCUCUCUCAACCCGCGACGCCACGAACACGGUUGUGCAAACGCUCCAAGACACGACAUCCUAGAGCUUAGAGCAACAAACGAAAAAAUCGGCAAAAAAACAAACGUUCCUUGAAAAGAUGAUGAUCGACGCAGAAAUGAUGCGAUACCACACACCGCACCCCGCGGCACUCUACAGCUCUAUUCGCUACGAACGCGAUUACCUCACGAACUUCUGUCCCAGCGGGGCAGGGUUUUUUUUUUUUAUUGGA